CCUCGUGGGCGUGGCCAGGGAAGGCCCCUUUUUUCUCCCUCCCUCCCUCGGCGCAGGCGCAGAGGCGAUGGAGGCGCGGGAGCGGGAGCGUUUGCAGCGGGGGCGCCUCCGGCUAGUGCAGGAACUGCGAGUGGCGCCGCUCUGGGAGCCUUUGCUCCGCCGGGGCCUCUUCUCCCGGGACAUGCUCGAGGAGAUCCAGCAAGCGGGGACUAGGCGAGACCAAGCCAGGCAGCUGAUUGUUGACCUGCAGACCCGCGGGCGCCAGGCCUUCCCCACCUUCCUCCAGUGCCUCCAAGAAUCUGGCCAGCACGAGCUGGCCGCCUGGCUGAGUGAAGGACUCGACCAGACGCCGGUCCCUCCCGUGGAGAUCAGGCCAGUGGAAGUCCCUUUGCGGGGCGGGCCAAGCAGACCCCAGAAUUCUUUAAACGAUAAUUCAGAACCGUUCUUUCUGCUUCUAGGGGACGGGACUUCAGAAAAUGUGCCUCUUCCAGUCCAAGCAGUGAAUGAGAAAUGCCAAGAGUCCAAACAAGCCGGUGCCCCUGGUCAAGGUUCCCUGGAAGAGAGAUCCAGAAGGAAUUCUGAAACGGCGUACGUCCUGAAAAGUGACCCCUGCGGCUACUGCCUCAUUAUCAACAACGUGAAUUUCAGCCCAGAAACUCACCUGCGGCCCCGUGUCGGCUCCGACGUGGACUGCGAGAAGCUGGAGAGGCGGUUCAGGGCCCUGCACUUUGAGGUCUUGAGCCGGCGAGACCUGAAGGCACAGGAAAUUGUCCGGGAGCUGCAGAGCUUGGCAAGGCGAGACCACCGUCCGCUGGACUGCUGCCUUGUGGUCCUCCUUUCCCACGGCUGUCAGGCCAGCCACAUUCAGUUUCCGGGCGGAAUCUAUGGCACCGACGGAAAAAGCCUUGCAGUGGAAAAGAUGGUCGGCUACUUCAACGGGACCAACUGCCCCAGCCUGAGAGGGAAACCCAAACUCUUCUUCAUCCAGGCUUGUGGCGGAGAGGAAUGCGACCGGGGUUUUCAAGUGGAUUCGGACUCUCCCGACCACCAGCUCCAUGAAAAUGCCACUGAAUCGGAUGCGACCCCCUUUCAGGCACAGGCAGAAGGCUCGGAUCAAGUGGACGCUAGGGCAAGCUUGCCCACCCCCAGUGAUAUCCUGGUCUCUUAUUCCACGUUCCCAGGUUUUGUGUCCUGGAGGAGUAAGUUGACCGGCUCCUGGUAUGUCGAGACGUUGGACGAGGUCUUGAAGGAAUACGCCGGCUCCGAGGACCUGCUGGAUAUGCUGCUGAGGGUGGCAGACGCUGUUUCUGCGAAAGGGACUUUCAAACAAAUGCCCGGCUGCUUUAACUUCCUGCGUAAGAGGUUUUUCUUCAAGGUUUAACGAAGAUGCUUCUGGGGAUCGUCGCCUUGACGCAGGAGGGGAUCCCCAGGAAACCUCUUCGAAAAGGUCCAGCUGCCGAUGGUGCCUGAAGGAUUUUUCUUUAUUUUUGGGUUACUGUGAAAAACGGCGCUUCUCUUUCGCGGGGGAACCCCAAGCAAGCCGUUCCUGAUGUUGGAGUUUCGUAGGAGGCGCUGUCUGUCCCGAAAGGAAUGCCUGGAAGCCUGGUGGUCGCACAUUUAUGCCUUCCUCUUAAACUGAGGCAUGGAUGCCCUCGGUUUAACCUGCCUUCCGGAGGAGGAGGAGGAGGCCCUGGGUGAAUCCAAAUCCGUACUUCCUACACUUCUUGGUGGACCUUCUUCCUGGGCAGGCAGAAGGCAGCUUUAAUCGAGCUCAGCCAUCAUGACACUUUUCUGUUUCCCCUCCCCCUUCCUUCCAUUCUGAGGAACUCUGGGAAUUGGAGCCACGUGAGGGCGUUCGCCUCUUUUGACAUCGUGUUGGCCUCACCCACCAGCUCCCUCCAGAACGGCUGAGGGGAGCCACGGCUGGCUGUUAGACCAGCCCGGCUCGGCACAGGAAGAAGCAGGGCCCAGAGAUUGAAGCCAAGGAGCCCGUUUCCUCUCUUUGGGGGGUGGGGGAAUGGGGCAGAACAGAAGUGCCAUGCCGUUUUGUGCAAUUAAAUGCGCUGUAUUUCUA